AUGUCUGAGGACAAACCAUCAAUAUCUAAACGAUCUCUUCAAUUUGCCACUGAAUUGCCAUCCCCGCAAACAACAACUUCUAAAAAUAUAAGUCCUAUCAAAACUUUGAAUCCAUACCAAAAUAAAUGGAUGAUCAAAGGGAGAGUUACUCAUAAACUGCCUAUUAAGGCAUAUAGCAUAGCCACAAAAAAUGGCCAUGUGUUUAGCUUUGACAUUGUUGAUUGUGAAGGUUCUGAAAUUAGAAUUACAUGUUUUGAUGAGAUAGCUAAGUUACACUCUAACCGUGUGGACAUAGGUUCACAUUAUCUUAUUUCAAAGGAAUCUAUUAAGGAGGCAAAUGCAAGGUACAAUAAACUAAAUAGUCAUUUAGAAAUAACCUUGUCUGAUGCAUCCAUACUGAAACGCUGCACCAAUGAAGAACAAGCAGAUCAACAAGGUCCUCCUUUCACGCCCAUUAAUGAAUUAUUUCAUCUAACAAAUAACACCUUGGUUGACAUUAUUGGCCUUGUUCUAUAUGUUGGAGAUAUUAUUCCAAUACACAAGAAAGAUGGUAGUCAAACACACAAACAUGUUGUGAAAAUUAGUGAUCUAUCUAAUUCAACAAUUGACAUCAACCUAUGGGGUCCAAUGGAAGAACAAAAAGGCUUGGAAUUGAAAAAUAUGUUGAGCAAUGAUAGUGUGGUUAUCCUUGCUUUACGUAAUUCUCAUGUUGGCUAUUUCAAUGGGAAGCUUAUAAACAUAACAACUGCAACCACAUUACAUAUCAACCCAACUUUUCCAGAAGCAGAGCUUCUAACGUUAAGAGGAAAGGACCCUUUGCUUGUUGUACCCUUUGUUGCAGAAACUAUCCACAUAGAUGGUAAAUAUAGUAGAAUGACUAUUUCUUCAAUUUGUGAGAGGAUGAGCAGAAAACCAGAAACAAUUCAGACAACUUUGCUAGCCGUUCUGCGCUUUGUAAACAUAACUGACCAAAAUUUCUAUUAUGCAGCAUGUCCACUAAUAGUCAAUGGAGGGCCUUGCAAGAAAAAAUGUACAUAG